GAACAUUCUACGGAACUGAUCGAAGAAGAAACAAAACAAACCCGAAGCCUCCACGUGCGGAAGAAGAGCAGCUGAUUUUUCCCGGUUUAACUCUUACACGCUGCGGGGUUUACACCGGACAGAUUAACGGGCUGUUUCCCGGUUUAACUCUUACACGCUGCGGGGUUUACACCGGACAGAUUAACGGGCUGUUUCCCGGUUUAACUCUUACACGCUGCGGGGUUUACACCGGACAGAUUAACGGGCUGUUUCCCGGUUUAACUCUUACACGCUGCGGGGUUUACACCGGACAGAUUAACGGGCUGUUUCCCGGUUUAACUCUUACACGCUGCGGGGUUUACACCGGACAGAUUAACGGGCUGUUUCCCGGUUUAACUCUUACACGCUGCGGGGUUUACACCGGACAGAUUAACGGGCUGUUUCCCGGUUUAACUCUUACACACUGCGGGGUUUACACCGGACAGAUUAACGGGCUGUUUCCCGGUUUAACUCUUACACACUGCGGGGUUUACACCGGACAGAUUAACGGGCUGUUUCCCGGUUUAACUCUUACACGCUGCGGGGUUUACACCGGACAGAUUAACGGGCUGUUUCCCGGUAAAGAUGGACGAAGAAGUGACGGCCUGGUACACGGAGCCCUGCGCCCAGUGCUCAGCGGUGGCUUGGGGCGUAUCGGAUGAGGGUCGUUUCUACUGCAGGUCCUGCCACAACGUCAUCGAGAGAACCAGAGAGGUGGUGGACCCUACCGUCACCCCCGGAUCCUCCAGGAUCUCCACCAUCGGCAGAGGGAGCAGAACCAAGAGGAGCGAGCGCGGGCGGUUGUGGAUGGUCUGUGAAGGUUUUCAGUUCAUCUUGAAGAAUCAAGCCGACGCUCUGCUGAGACUCGGAGUCCAAACACAAUUCAAGGACCAGGUGCUGUGUGAGCUGUGGAGACUCUACCUGCAGAAGAGUGAUCAGGCCUUCACACACACACCAGUGUGGAGCUCCCAGUUUAAACUGAAACGCCCGGGCUCGGACUCAGAAAGUGGCGCCGCGUCAACCUACAUGACGAGUGAAACGGACGGAGAGAUGAACCUGCCCAGCACCGCCGGAUCAAACGCAGAGAGCUACAGUGAUUGGUCGGUGUUUUCGGGCUCGGUGGACGCCACCUCCUACCUGUCGACGCAGCUGAAGCGAGGCUGCGGUCUGAUGAGCAUGAAGAAGACUCUGGCCCUUAUCCACAUCGCCCUCACCUGGAGCCGCGAGCCGCUAACGCUCAGCGACCUGCUCAGGUUGGUGAAGGAAGGUCACGUCCCAUACGUCAACGCUCACGAGGAACUUCCUGAAGAGAUGAAGCUGGAAGGCAAAGACUCGCUGAUCUUCAGAGUGGAGAGCGUCCCGUCUCACCGGGCAGUGCAUCAGGAAGCUCUUAAGCUCAUUCUGUUGCUCAAACUUCCUGCUUUUCCUCCAAUCAGCCGUCAGAGUCUGCUACACCCCGCCCUGCUCAGCCUGCGCUACCUGACAGACGCUAAUCUGCCCGAUGAUCUUCACCCAUGGCUCUGCAGGCUGAUGGAGCAUGCUGACAUGGCAGAUCAAACACUCCACACUUUGGACCCUUCAUCUCACUCCGUCCUGCCACGGUACGACGUGCAGACCGCGGCCUUGGUCAUCGUCACCAUGAAGCUGGUCUUUGGCCUGGACGACCACACGGAGUGGGAUUUAUCAAACGAGGCGGGCGAUCAAGACGACUCAGGAAGCGUGUUCAGCCUGAGGAGGUGGUUCAGACUUCUGCAGGCCGCUCUGAUCCGAGCUCAGGACAGGAGAGACCGAGACCUCGCCAGGAAACAGUGGAGGUCAAAGAAACCUCUCCACAUGAACAGGAAGGAGAAAUACGUCAUGACCAAAAAGAGACGGAUAGCCGAACAGCUGCAGCUCUGUUUCGAGAAGCUCUCCUCUCGCCCAACAGCUGCAGAGCCAGGCAGUCCGUCCAGCUUCAGGUUCUAUUGGGGGGGCGAAGACGGAGCUGAUGGUCCCAGCAUGCACCACAUGAAACUGGGUGGAGCUGUAACCAUGAAGAAUGACGUGCUGACCCCAUCUAACCCGACAUACUGGCAUCCAGCACUGAAACCCUGCAUCAGCAGGAAUUGUAGGAGUCAUUACUCGGAGGUGGAGCCGACGCUGCCGCGGACGUUCAUCUGGCUGCUGAAGCUCUUCAGCUUCCUUCUUGACGUGACGCCGGGGUACCUGUACGACGAGGUGCUGAGCGUGGAGAGACGAGUCUUCAGCGACAAAUCACCUCUUAGGAGGAAGACCAGGACCAGAGCUCAGACUAGGACCAGAGCUCGGCCCGGGAAACCACAGAGAGCUCGAGAAACGAGAUGACAAACCUUAAGUGGAAAACUUUUAGUGUUUUCAGAACAUUAAAUAAACGUGUUUUCCUAUUGUUGCAUUGACAGACACUCUGCAAUGUUUUCAACGUUGACUGCUUACAAUCAUCUUAAUGCGUACUCACAAUUAGGCAAAGUUGUACCGUGCCAAGUGUGAGUGCACGCUUAAUGACCUUACAUGAAUAUUUAAGAGAGAUUGAUGAUUGAAACCUCUGAUGAUCAAAAGUUCAUUAAGCUGUUGCUCAGUCAGACCAUUUGGUUCUUUGUCUUCAGUUGGUUGAGAGAAGUCGACGUGUUUUAAAUAUGAAGACCAAAAACUAACAGCCAUCACCCCACUUCACUAAAAACUCUGAUAUAUUCAACAUUA